CAGCAUCUUGAGCGUUCGAUGGUUGGUUCGAGCACAUGUUUGUUCAGUAUGUUUUUGUUUUUGAACGCAGCAAGUCAUUCCACGAGAAAUUGCGGCUGCCGCUGAUUCAUAACGCGUUUAAAGUUAAUAACCGUGUAGUAAAUUUGUGCGAUUCACAUUACGGACACCGAGUUAUUUCGAGAAAAAAAAAGUCGAGCGCCGCUGUAAUUAUAGUUCAAUUUGCUCGUACUGUUUUAGCGAAAACCAAAAAAUGACGUAUCAAUCCCGUUCAUCUCGCAUCAAAUCCCUGGCCCGAAAUGAACAUGACUCAAUUUAUUGGUCUGCUAUCGAUACAUUCUCAAAUGUAACGGAUGUGACACGAUCAUCGAGUCGACAAUCAAUAAGUGCACUUUCGCGCAAUUAUAUUGACCCAUGGGAUCUCGAGAACUACGCCUACAUACAAAGUAUGGAACCGGACGGUUCAAAUCCAACACCGAAUUCAGCUCAUGAUGACCAUUCGAAUCCUUAUUACUUCACAAACACCAAAUCCGAUGACUGUCCAUGCUAUGCGGGUCUUGAUGAGCAGUUGUUUUACAAUGCAAAGUACGAGAUGAUCCCGGAUACUAAUUUUACUGAUAUGGAAGAGAUGUCAUCGAAUUCGUGUAGUGGAAGUUCGAUACUUCAGUAUCGAACAGUUCCACAAAUAAAUUUUCCACCGCCUCCAAUGCAAUCGUCAUCCGCUUACGAAUGCUAUGCAAAUGUAAUUGUGCCUAAGAGACGUUCACCAUUUGAUACAUUGGCACCUGAAUCGAUCAAUGGAUAUCAUAAUAAUCCGAAUGAGCCAAUCUAUGAUACACGUCAGUAUCAGAUUGAGUAUCCACAACCGGAAUAUUAUUAUGAUCAAUAUGCGAAUUAUGUACAUGGACGUCGACAAAGUGUCAGUCUGCCCUGCUACGAAUGCAUUGAAAUGCAACAAAUGCCUGUAUAUUAUGCACCAAGUCAAAUCCGGGAUGAUAACUACGAUAUAUACAGCCAACGGCGGCAUCUUGAGCGAUUCGGUCUAAGCAAAAAAGGACUCCUGCAAAUUGACUAUUCACUCAGCUGGAUGAACUUACAACGAAUCAUUUCCAGCAAAUAAAACUCACUCCAUAACCACAUUUUGUUUGAAUAAUAACAAUUUUAAAUUUUAUAUAGUUGAAAGUCGGAAAUAUAACAUUUUUUAAACA